GCAUGCAAGCUCAUCUGCUCAUGUUUGCUAGAAGCUAAGUGGCUAUCCCUUCUCAAACUAACUACCAAGAUAAAUGGUAUGCGAGUUAUCAAAACAGUUAAUUUGUAGAUAAUCUAAAUAUUCGCGUAGCAUAUCCCUGAUUUCCUCGAUUACUAUGGAUGAGGAAUAUUAUGGGACGGUUAGAGAUUGGGAUGGACCUGACAGCAAUUUGGAGGACGGCUAUGUUGAGGGGGAGAACGAUGGAAAAGUGCAAGAGGACUGCCUGCAGAAAUUUUCCAGCAGAGAUUACAUCAUGGAGCCAGCCGUUUUUAACACCCUCAAAACGUAUUUCCAAGCCGGUGGCUCACCCGAGCAUGUGAUUCAGCUCCUGUCAGAGAAUUACUCUGCUGUGGCUCAGACUGUAAACCUUCUGGCAGAGUGGCUCAUUCAGAUGGGUGUAGAGCCAGCACAAGUGCAAGAGCGUGUAGAAAAUCACUUGAAAAGUCUUCUUAUUAAACACUUUGACCCUCAAAAAGCUGAUUCCAUCUUCACCGUGGAGGGCGAGACACCUGCUUGGCUAGAACAGAUGAUAGCCCACACUACCUGGAGAGAUCUCUUUUACAAGCUAGCUGAGGCACAUCCUGAUUGCCUGAUGCUGAAUUUUACUGUCAAGCUAAUUUCAGACGCUGGGUACCAAGGGGAGAUUACCAGUGUGUCGACAGCAUGCCAGCAGUUGGAGGUGUUUUCCAGGGUCCUUAGGACGUCUUUGGCCACACUACUAGAUGGAGGAGAGGACAACCUGGAGAAGAAUCUACCAGAGUUUGAGAAAAUGGUGUGUCAUGGGGAGCACACAUACUUGUUUGCCCAGGCCAUGAUGUCCAUCCUCUCCCAGGAGGAGCAGGGGGGGUCAGCCAUGCGCAGGAUUGGCCAGGAGGUACAGAAGUCGGCACAUCAAAGGGGCCAUGAUGCUAGUCAGAUUACUCUAGCAUUGGGCACAGCAGCAGCCUACCCACGAGCCUGCCAGGCCCUGGGAGCUAUGUUGUCCAAGGGGGCACUCAAUCCUGCUGAUAUCACUGUACUCUUCAAAAUGUUCAGCAGCAUGGACCCCCCUCCUGUGGAACUGAUCAGAGUGCCUGCCUUCCUUGACCUAUUCAUGCAGUCACUGUUCAAACCCGGCUCUAAGAUCAACCAGGACCAUAAACACAAGUACAUUCACAUUCUGGCUUAUGCAGCUAGUGUGGUUGAGACAUGGAAGAAGAACAAGAGGGUAAAUAUAAACAAAGACGAGCUUAAAUCCACUUCAAAGGCAAUAGAGACUGUCCACAACCUCUGCUGCAAUGAAAACAAAGGAGCAACAGAACUUGUAGCUGAACUCAGCACUCUGUAUCAGUGCAUCAGGUUUCCAGUGGUUGCCAUGGGGGUGUUGAAGUGGGUGGACUGGACAGUCUCUGAACCUCGGUACUUUCAGCUCCAGACAGACCACACACCAGUUCAUUUAGCGCUGCUGGAUGAGAUUAGCACGUGUCACCAGCUCCUGCACCCUCAGGUUCUCCAGUUGCUGAUAAAGCUAUUUGAGACAGAACACUCCCAGCUGGAUGUCAUGGAGCAGCUGGAGUUGAAGAAGACCCUAUUAGACCGCAUGAUUCACCUGUUGAGUCGAGGCUAUGUGCUACCUGUAGUUGGCUACAUCCGCAAGUGCCUGGAAAAGCUCAACACAGACAUCUCACUCAUCCGUUACUUUGUAACUGAGGUGUUGGAUGUGAUUGCUCCCCCAUACACAUCAGACUUUGUACAGCUUUUCCUACCCAUCCUGGAGAACGAUAGCAUAGCUGGCACUAUCCGUACAGAGGGAGACCAUGACCCUGUGGCUGAGUUCAUAGCUCAUUGCAAGUCUAACUUCAUCAUGAUGAAUUGAGAUCAGCCCUGAUUGAGAAUGCAGCUAGAAGAGCAGGGAAAGACUGAAGGCAGGACCUCAAAGCAAACAAUGUCAGCUGACUGGCAAUUGGAACAGUACUGCUUUUUGGGCAGACUGAAAUCAAUUUUCACACAAACUUUGGAAUUUGUCACAAUUGAAGUGGUACAAACCCAAUUUGACAGGUGUUUAGAACAAUUGAAAUGUAGUGGUACUUUCUCUGCCAGUCUGAAGGUGAAUCUUUGAAAUAAGUUAUACUUAAAUGCUUUAGGAGCAGACUAAAGACAAUUUUGGCACACCUUCAUAAAUCUAGAAUUUUUUACAUUUAUGUAAAAUGGUUGUAUAUACUGAGUUUUGGAAUAAAUGUGUGUUUGGCAUUCAAUUUCUCACAAAUCCAAGAUGUUAAUCUGUACAAAGUAAUAUUGAUGAAUGUAUUCUGGGCUCAAGUUGUACCUUAACCCUUGUGUUAUCUUCGGGUCAUUGUGACCCAUCAGUCAUUGUGACCCACCAUCGUAUUGCGACAAAUUUACAGCAUACAAAAACAAAGUGAAGCAUUUUCUUUUCACCGUUGGGCUGUCUCAGAUCCCCCACAUUGCAAAGGUAAAAAGAAAAUUAUUUGUAUUUGUUUUUGUAUUGGGUAAAAUUGGGUAAACACAACGAUGGUUCGUUAUGAACCUUUGGGUCAUGUGACCCGAAGGCAGCACAAGGGUUAUGCUAUUAUCCAUGUUCUGUUAGCAUAGUGUCAAAUGUAUUAAUUCAUUUGUUUUCAUGAUUGUCAAUUAGUAAAUUUCCCUACUUAUGAUCAUUACAGAAAAUGGUGCUGUAUUAAUCUGUUUGCAAACUAUAGCUUUCCACCAGUACUUGGAAAUCAGAAGGGUUUGAAAGGCGUAACCCCCUCCUACUCAAACUAGCUAUUGUUAUAGCAAUGAGAUGCCACCAUUGUACCGUAUGAAACCACAGGUUUAUUUAUAAUUUUUUUCUAUUUCAAAACAAUUUAAUACUGAUUUUUUUAGACAAAUGUCUACAUUAGAAUAUGAAACCACGACACCAGUCAAAAACACAUAAGCCGUUGACAGAGGCUAUGGCUGUUCCAGUAAAAUAUUUCUGAAGGAACUAAAUUAAAACAAUGAGGCAUCUAACCUUUGGCUGAACAUAAACAAUCCAGGCAUUUUUUUGCAUCCACUUUGUUCCAUUAUGUAAUCAAAAGCAGCAUGUUUAAGAAGCCAAUCAAGGCAGGAAUUAAAA